AUGGCAAAGAGGCAGGCAGUAGAGGCACUCGAUAGAACAAUGCAAGACAUCACUGGGGUGAGACUUCCAUUUGGUGGGAAAAUAAUGAUUAUGGGAGGUGAUUUUAGACAGGUGUUGCCAGUAAUGAGACAUGACACUCGAGCACAGAUUGUAGACUCAAGCUUACGGAUGUCACCUAUUUGGUCUUCGAUUAAAAAGUUGUGGUUAACGAUCAAUAUGAGAGCACUUACUGAUCCAUGGUUUUUAGAUUUUCUGUUACGUGUCGGCGAUGGAGAUGAAGAAUCAGUAGAUGGAAACUUCAUUCGCAUACCUGAUGACAUGGCCAUUCCUUACACAAAUAAAAAUGAAUCGAAGGAUGUUUUGAUUGAUGCAAUAUUUCCUUCUCUUCAAACAUGCGAGACUGCUUCAGAUUAUAUCAUUUCAAGGGCGAUACUAACAACAAAAAAUGAGCAUGUCGACGAGAUUAAUGAUCAGUUGAUUGAAAGAUUCUGUGGAGAGGAAAAAAUUUACUACAGUUUUGAUGAAGCAGAAGAUGACAAGAAUAAUUUAUAUCCGAUGGAGUUCUUAAACUCACUGACUGUUAGCGGUUUGACCCCUCAUUACAUCCGGCUUAAAAUUGGAUGUCCGAUAAUACUAUUGCGGAAUAUCGACCCCUCAAAUGGAUUGUGUAACGGCACGAGGUUGAUAUGUAGAGGUUUUCAGCAGAAUGCUAUCAAUGCAGAAAUAGCUGUUGGUCAGCAUGCUGGUAAGAGGGUUUUUUUACCAAGAAUUCCUCUAUGUCCGUCUGACGAUGAUAUGUUUCCCUUUAAAUCAAAGAGAAAAUAA